AUGGCUGAGCGAGAAGAGGUUGUGGAGGAGCUGCGGAGCUGCUCCCGGUACAGGAUGGAAGAAGAAGAGGAGAAGGGGGGAAGAACGAGGAUGAACAUCGGGCCUGAGGAAGGAGGAGAGGACAGGGUAUGGAAGUUCUCGGGGAUCCUUCGAAAGGUAGGGGUUGGAGCUGAGGCGAGAGAGGGAGAAUGCUUCUUGGUCCGGACGGUGAAGGAGGGAGACGAGAAGAAGGUCCUUCGUUUCCUAAGGAGAGGUCUGAGCGAGGAAAGCAGGCGAACGUUCGCUCCCUAUCCUUACGAGCAGAGUGACGAGGAGCUGGAGGAAGUGCUUCGUUCCUCAAUACGAGAUUCUGUCCUCCGGCGUUCUCUGUCUUUGAUCUUACUUCGAUGCCACCAUCGGGAGGAGAGGAAGGAGGGAGGAAAGGGGAAGCAGAAGCCAGCAGAGAUGCGUGAGGGGGAAGUAGUAACUCAUGGAUUCCUGUGGGCAUCGGAUACCGCACUGCCAGAGCUCGGGGUAGCUGUCGCGGAUGACGAACAAGGGAAGGGGCUGGGUGCGGCCAUGAUGUCUGUUCUGGUUGGGCUGGGAAGGAGCCUCGGAAAGGAAGCGAUCGAGCUGACGACGAUGUUGGACAACGGGAGGGCGAAGAGCCUGUACGAGAAGUGCCAGUUCAUCACGCUGGGGACCAUCCUCAACCCCUUGGGAUCGUUCGAGGGACGAGCGAUCCCUUCGGGAAUCAGCGAGGAAUAUCAGAUGGUUAGAAUUCUCAGGGAGGAGAACCGGAAGCAGGUAGAGCAGAUGCUGAAGGACAAGCGAUCGAGAGCCGUCGAGCUCUUUGGGGCCUUGCGGGAGAAGCAGCUUGUGGGAAGUUCGGCCCCAGCAGCGCGCAGGCUGCCGCCCACUGCCAUCUCCUCAGCUCUCUCCUUCUUUGCGCCUUGGGAGGAGGGCCCGGAUGCUGAGAACCUCGUCGUCUCCGCUGCUGCUCACCUGCUGGGGGUGAUCAGGCAGAGCGACAGGAGCAAGAGGAAGCAUACGGGUCGCUUGUUGGCACCACUGGACCCCAGGAAGGCCUCGCGAAGAUACCUGAGAGGAUGUGAGGACGAGGACGAGGACGAUGGGGGGGGGGAGGACGAGGACGAGGACGAUUGGGGGGGGGAAGAGGACGAGGACGAGGACGAUGGGGGGGGAAAGGACGAGGACGAGGACGAUUGGGGGGGGGAAGAGGACGAGGACGAGGACGAUGGGGGGGGAGAGGACGAGGACGAGGACGAUGGAGGGGGGGAGGACGAGGAUGAGGAGGGAGAUGCGGGGAGAGGACGAGGACGAGUGGAGUGGAGAUCUGAUACUUUGGGGGUGGGGAGGAAUGAUGGGGAAGACUGGGGCCAGGAGCAAGAGGGAGUGUGCGAGGGAUGGAGGAUUACGAGGUUACGAACUCGGUGA